AUGGCGGAGGGAUGUCUAGCGGAUUAUUCCGAUCAAACUUCUGACCUGUAUAUACCUUGUAAUCCGUGUUCAAGGAAUAACAAACGCUCAGAGGCAGUCAUCUAUUGUGCGGAUUGCGAUGAAGUUCAGUGCCUGAUUUGUUCCAAGGACCAUAAAACUUACAUUGUAAUGGGACAUCACGUGACUGUUGAUAUCAAAGACUGGAGACAUUCCAGCCUUUCGUUUGAUUUAGCUAAAAUUACCAAAUGUGAAAUACACGGGUUGUUUUAUCAAUACUUUUGCGAGUAUGACAACAGGCUUUGCUGUCAGAAAUGCCGCAAUGAAGAACACCGGACAUGUUGCAAUGUUAAAUUGUUAAGCACAAUGGAACAUCGUGUAUCCACAAGAGAACUCGAAAGUGUUGACAUGAAGUUUAAAAAAUUGCUAGAUGAGGCGGAGGUAAUGGUUUCUAGGUCCGAGGUUCGUAAAGCAAGUGUACAAAGCCAAGUUGCUGCAUUGCCAAGCGUCAUUGGCGAUGUUAGGAAACAACUUCUACAUAUGCUUGACAAGUUUGAAGAGACAAUGCGCGAAGAGGGAAUAUGUAUUGCAGAUGAAAGAAUGGCGACACUAAAGGAAAUACAAAAUCGGAUAUCCGCGGUCGUGAACGACAUUCAGGGUACAUUGAUAAAUAUCAAAUAUUUACCCAGAUCCAUCACACCAGAGCUGAAUUUUGUUUUCGAAAAAAAGAUGGAGGGAAUUCUUGAAUAUUAUAACAGAAUGUUAAAAUUGCAAGCAACAAAAUUGAGCAAAGUCGGAGACACUGUUUCUAUUGAAUUCUCGGACAAGCUAAUAGACCUUCUGAGAGUUUCCCCCGUAGACAUUGGGAAAUUGAACACAGCUACCGACCAUGUAGGAUCAGACUAUCUACUGGAACCAAAACCGGUUGAACUCAAAGAAAUCAAGGAUACAACUAUGCCGUCGGUAAAUGGGUUUAAACCGUUUUAUAUAGGAAUUGACUUUCUAAAAAACGGCAGACUUGUAUUAGCGGACAACAGGAGUAACACGUGUAUUGUCAUGAGUACAUCGUUGAAAGUCAUUGGCGAAAAACGUCUCAAAUAUGCUCCUCAAGAUAUUCUUGUUUUUGGUAGCGACCAGCUGUUAAUUUCAAGUGGAGAAGGACAGUUUAUUGACCAUUAUGAGGUUAACUCUGUAAACAUACUAACUUACAAAAAAAGAAUUGAAACUUUGUCACCAUGCGACUCUUUGUCACUGAUGGUUGAAAACACAUUUACAGUGGGAAUGGCCGAUAAUACUAAACCAGUCUGCACACUUAGGGACUUUAACCAGUUUUUGGAUUUCGAAAUGACCUUUGACAGAGAAAACUAUAAAUUAGGAGAAACAAAAUGUGUCUAUAGCCAUAGUCUUGAAAUGCUGGUGUUAACUGAUUACGUUACAAAUACCAUUGCUAUCAUAAAUACAAGAACAGGGGAGAAGAUACGGGUUCAAGACAAAGUGAUACAAGGCCCUCGAAGCGUAGUGAUAGGCAAAGAUGGGUCUAUUUUUGUUUGCUGUGAAGGUUCCUGUUGUCUUGCCCAACUGUCGCCUUCAGGGGAUAUUUUGACAUUCUAUUUAGGCAUAGUAUGUCCGCACUCGAUUUGUAUUUCAAAAGACUUUUCGAAACUUGCUAUCUCAAACAACAGCGCAGAUGAUUGUCAUCUUCAAUUAUUUUCGGUUGGUUGA